UUCCAUUAUGCCUCAAACAGCAGUCUGAAAACCCAAGAGCUCUCCAAAGUAUCUGACAAAACACAAACAUGGCGCCUGCUUGCACCGACAGCUACAGAUAAGACUGUUUCGAACAAGUGGGAAACAAAGUUUCUAUAGAUUAUCGAAGUUAACCCACUUUGUUGCCUUCACAAUUAGUUUUGUAAUCUAAAAACGCAAACGGAAUAGCUCGAGCGGGGGAAAGCUGCAAGUUGCCUACAUGUCAACAUUCUAUUAGUGUCGUAAACAGCUGGCACGCCCAGCCAUGAUCGAGGACAAGGGUCACCGUGUGACGGACUACUUUGUGGUGGCCGGGCUGACGGACAAGUCCACACCCCUGGAGCAGGACCUGUCGGAGACCAAGUCCAGCGGCCCCAAGGCGCCCAUCACCGACCUGGCCGUGAUCAACAAGUCAGCCGGCGAGACGGUGCCGGAGGGGUUCACCUGCAUCGAGAACACCUACAGCGGCCUGCAGGCCAACCUCAACCACGGCAGCCUGAAGAGCCCCGAGCUGUUUCUCUGCUACAAGAGGGGCCGGGACAAGCCCCCGCUCAUCGACAUAGGCGUUCUGUAUGAGGGCAAGGAGCGUCUCAUCCAGGGAUGCGAGGUCAUUCAGGCCACGCCCUACGGUCGCUGUGCCAACGUCAACAACAGCUCGGCCACGUCGCAGCGCAUCUUCAUGACCUUCCGCCGCGCGCCGCCCGUCCAGCCCCAGAACUCCCUGGCCGUAACGGACAUCUGCGUUAUCGUCACCAGCAAGGGCGAGACGCCGCCGCACACCUUCUGCAAGGUGGACAAGAACCUGAACUGUGGAAUGUGGGGCUCCAGCGUUUUCCUGUGCUACAAGAAAUCGGUCUCUGCAUCCAACUCCAUCAAUUUCAAUGCCGGACUUAUCUUUCGCUACCCAGAGGAUGACUAUGAGUCCUUCCCCCUGUCUGAUUCCGUGCCCCUGUUCUGCCUCCCAAUGGGGGCUAAGAUCGAGUGCUGGGCCCCAAACACACGCCACCCUCUGCCCGUGUUCUCCACAUUUGUGUUGACCAACUCCUCUGGAGAAAAGGUGUACGGUGCGGCCAUCCAGUUCUACGAGUCUUACCCUGUGGAUCUUCUCACUGAGAAGCAGAAGGUGCAGCUGGGUUUGCUCACCACGGUGGAGAAGAAGGUGAUCCCCAACCGGACAGUCAACACCAACAAGUGCAUCUGCCUGCUUUCGCGCUGGCCCUUCUUCGAGUCCUUCAAGAAGUUCCUCAUGUUCCUCUACAAGCUGUCCGUCUCUGGGCCUCACCCGCUGCCCAUCGAAAAGCACAUCUCACACUUCAUGCACAACGUGUCCUUCCCUUCGCCCCAGAGGCCCAGAAUCUUGGUCCAGCUCUCUGCACAUGACACCUUGAUGUUCGCACAGCCUGUGUGUACUCCUCUACCUCUCAGCGGGGCAGACUACAGUACGCUGCUGAUGAACCUGGGCUCGGAGAACUGCGCCACGCUGCUCCACUUCGUCCUGCUGGAGAGUAAGAUCCUGCUUCACUCCCUGAGGCCGGCAGUCCUCACCGGCGUAGCGGAGGCCGUGGUGGCGAUGAUCUUCCCAUUCCAGUGGCAGUGCCCGUACAUCCCGCUGUGCCCCCUGUCCCUGGCAGGGGUCCUCAACGCCCCGUGUCCCUUCAUCGUGGGUGUAGACUCCCGCUACUUUGACCUUUAUGACCCCCCGCCGGAUGUGGUCUGUGUGGACCUGGACACCAACACGAUCUACCUAUCCGAUGAGAAGAGAAACAGUAACUGGAAGAACCUCCCAAAGAAGCCCAGCAAGAGCCUGCUCAACUCCCUAACCAACCUGCAACACCAGCUGAGCAUCGUGCGUCGUGUGGCCCAGGAUGGCCUGGCGGUGGACAUGACCCCCAUCGAAGCAGACUUCACCUGGCACAAGAAGAGGACCUCCCUGGAGAUGGAGAUCCAGGAGGCCCUGCUGCGCUUCAUGGCCAACAUCCUGAAGGGCUACCGCUGCUACCUCAAACCCAUCACCCAGGCCCCCUCUGAGAAGGCCACCGCCGCCGACUCGCUGUAUGAUCUGCAAGGGUUUCUGAAGAGCAGGGAGCGAACACACCAGAAGUUCUACUCUCAGCUGACCAAGACUCAGAUCUUCAUCCGCUUCAUCGAGGAGUGCACCUUUGUCAGCGACAAGGACACGGGCCUCGCCUUCUUCGACGACUGCAUCGAGAAGCUUUUUCCUUCUGAUAAAGGCAAUGACAAAGGCUCCAAGGUGGACGCUGAAACCUCGGAGGACACCAAGCUCAUGGAGCUUGAUGAGUCCCAGAAGAGCGAGCACACUGUCUUCGUCAUGCCCCCAGAACCCCUCAGCGCAGAGGAGGGGUCCGAGCCCCCGGCCCUCUACAGUUAUAAGAGUUUCCCUCGUUUGCGUUUGGACUUGUUUGAUCGACCCAGGGAGGUGAGGCCGUCGCUGAGGAGAGGUACACCCGGGGCCAGCCUCUCCAGCAGCCCUGCGCUGCUGGCCAAGAGGACUAAGCAGGAGAUCAAGCUGGCCUUCAAGAUGGCCAAGCGCUUCUACUCCAACCCUCCUCUCUGGGCCAAGUGUCUGUUCAGCCAUUGCUACAGCCUGUGGUUCAUCUGCCUGCCCGUGGGGAUGAGGCUGGCCCAGUCCAAGAGCCGGGCCAUGCAGCAGGCCUACAAUGUCCUGCUCAAAAUGAGGACGUCCGAGGUGGAGGUUCUGGACGAGGUGUGCUACCGCGUGGUGAUGCAGCUGUGCGGGUUGUAUGGUCUGCCCGUCAUGGCGGUUCGCGUCAUGGUGGAGAUGAAGAAGGCCGGGGUGGAGCCCAACGCCAUCACCUAUGGAUACUACAACAAGGCGGUCCUGGAGGGACCCUGGCCGAGUCGCAAUCGCAGCGGCGGCUUCAUGUGGGCCAAGGUGCGCAACGUGGUCCGCGCCGUAGCUCAGUUCAAACAAGCCCUCCACCGGACGUCCGCCAAGGAAAGUCCAACCGUCCUGACCACAGCAAUAUCUGUGGGCGGGUCAGUGAGCAGCGACGGCGACCGGCUGAGUCACGGGAGCGCUGACAGUUCCAGUGAGGUGAAUGGAGAUGAGCACACGCUGUUUGCACGCAGCCUCAUCAUAGGAGAUCCCGUGGAAAACCACUGCAGCAGAGGAGGGCAGUCUGACCAGGGCUAUGGCUCUAAGGAUGAGUUACACCAGGACCUAGUGGAUUUGUCUCAGUCAGCAGCACCUCUAAUGGAUCUGGGUCAGGGCAGCCAGACCAAAGCACAGCACAAUGGUGAGGAUGCAGCUGGCUCAGUGGACAGUGCGCUGGCUGUAGCAGAGCCCCCUAGCCCUGUGGAAACCCUCAGAAAUGUUCCCAGUAUCGUCAAACUGGCCACCGGAGGGAGUUUUGACACCGCCAUGGCGAAAGGGGACAAGGCCCCUAUGAAGUUGUUCUCCCUGCGUGGCCAAAGCGAGGGCGUGUCUCUGCCAGGGCGGGGGGAGUGUGCAGCCCAGGGUGGCUCCGAAGAGGCGGGGCCUGUGGUUCAGGGGCAGGUACAACGCCAAAAGACCUUCUCAGAGCGCAGCUGCAGCUUCAGCGCAGAGAGCCGUGCGGGCAUGCUAAUGGAGAAACACGGCGUGGACCACAUUGCCAGCCGCAUGGGUGCUGAUGCCAGGAUCUUGGCGGCGGCACUCUCCGGUGGCGGUUCCAACCUGUCUGAUACGAAGCCACUAACUGGCGCAUCCAAAUCCCUUUUCAGGGACCUGGAAUUGGACUCCAAUGAUGGCGGUCCGAUGCUGGGGACGGUGUCUGAGGAUGAGGGGCCUGUUAUGGUCCCUCUGAAGGAGCCGACAGGGGUGAAGGGGCUUGGAACAGAGGAGCAGGCGGUGGGUGGGGAAGUGGUGGAGGCGGGAGGGCAGGAUGAUAUGGGGCUGAAGGCGGAGGAGGCUGCUAAUUCAGAGGGAAGGUGCACCAGCCUGGAGAAGAAAGAGGUGGAGAUGGGCGCCGACCCCCUCUCUCUGCUGGUCUCCGAGCACGAGGAGUUGGCCUCUGUGAACAGCCAGGAGUUGCCGCAGUCCUUGCCCCCCGUGGUGUCCCGAAAACUGGCCGACGAGAUUGAGAUGUACAUGAACCUGCAGAGCCCGCUGGGCCCCAAGUCCUCCAGCAUGGAGCUCCACCAGAGCCAACCGGGGGACUCAUCUCCCGACGCCGCCCCGCCCAAGCAGCCCAUGGAGCGAAGGUCCAGCCUCCCCGUGCCCCCAGUUAAACAUCCGGGGGGGUCGAGCGGCAGCACCACCCCCAAACGCAGUCCCGCCGCCGUGACCCGCUCCAAGACCUUCGCCGCCAAGGCCACCGGGAGCACCGCCUCUUCCGGUGCCGUCGCGGCCAGCCCCAGGACGUCGUCGCUGACGGCGCUGGUGAGGUCCUCACAGAGCGGCUCGCUGGGCUCGGUCAUUAACUCCAUCUCGGGCAUGAAGAUGGACACCCUGCUGUCGGGGCCCAAGAUGGAUGUGUUGAAGUCGGGCAUGAAGCAGGCAGGGAACCUGGCCAGCAAGGUGUGGGGCGCCGUGGCCUCAGCCUACUCCUACUCCGACGACGAGGACGAGCCGUCUUCCGGCAACCGGGACCGGUACAGUUUCCCCGCCGGCCUGGACGAGUCCCUGCUGGCAGCCAGCGGCGACGGGGACAGUCCCACCCACAGAGGGCCCCCCCAGGGCUUGGCAUUGAAUGGCCUGACCCAGAGCAACACCAGCCUGGGUAGCAGCAGUGGCAGCAGUGACACGGGGAGAGGACCCCACGGCACACUACCUGGGAGGCCGGGCAGAGGUCCAGACUCCGAGAGGUCGGACCACGGCUCUCACCACGCCAGCUCCUCUAGCAUCUACCAGAACUGUGCCCUGGAGGUGCUGAUGUCCAGCUGUUCUCAGUGUCGGUCUUGUGAGUGUCUGGUGUACGAUGAGGAGAUCAUGGCAGGCUGGACGGCGGACGACUCCAACCUCAACACCGUCUGUCCCUUCUGCCGCACCGCCUUCCUGCCCCUGCUCCACGUGGAGUUCCACGACCUCCGCGUCGCCACUGGGUUCUAUCUGAAGCCCAGUGCGUCAGGAGACAGCAUCCACAGCGCCAGCCACCAGCCGAUGGCCACAAGCUCCACCGAGCACAAGGUGGGGGGUGCAGCCAAGGCCCCUCCCCUGGUCCUCAUUCACUUCCCAGAAUCCUCUCCUAAAGACCCAGGAGAGGUCCCAGCCGGCCUAACCAACACGCACAAGAGUUUGGUAGCGGAGCCGGUUCAAACGGACCCGUUGGGUCUGCUGGAGCUCCAGGCCGGGAAGCGGGGGUCGUCCCUGACGCGCAGUAACAGCGUGGGAGGGCCUCUCCAGAGCCUGGAGUCCACCCAGAGACAACCCGGACACGGCGUGUCCACAGCCAGUCUGCCCUGCAGCCUCACCGAGGUGGACGGCCCGGGACAUAAACGGCCCAACCCCAUGCCAGUGUCUGUUCCGUACCUCAGCCCACUGGUCCUCCGCAAAGAACUGGAGACCCUGCUGGAGAACGAGGGAGACCAGGUCAUCUACACCCACAAGUUCCUCAGCCAGCACCCCAUCAUCUUCUGGAACUUGGUGUUUUACUUCCGCCGUCUGGACCUGCCUAGCGACCUGCCGGGCCUCAUCCUGACGUCAGAGCACUGCAACAACGGAGUACAGCUGCCGCAGACGUCCCUGUCUCAGGACAGCAAGCAGGUUUAUGUCCAGCUGCUAUGGGACAACAUCAACCUGCACCAGGAGCCUGGCGAUCCCCUCUACCAGAGCUGGAGGUCCUUCUUGGAGAAGAAGGGGACGUUGGCCCCCACGGACUUCCAAGAGACACGGACCCUCCUGAACAGCAUCGUCCGCAGCAUCCAGACCAACGACGUCUACGGCCCCAUCAACCUGCUCCUUCGAGAGAUCAAGAGGCACCCAGAGGUCAAACGGCAAAGGGGCGUCUAUCGGGAGAUCCUCUUCCUCUCUCUGGUGGCUUUGGGACGGGAGAACAUUGACAUCGAGGCCUUCGACCGUGAAUACCGCCAGGCCUACGAUCAGCUGAGCCAAGAGCAGCUCAAGGCCCUUCACAAGAUGGACAGGCCACCCAACCUCAAUGUACAGUGGUGCCUUAAGUGUUUCGGAGCGCCAGUCAUCUGAUUUGAUCAACGGCGCCCUCUUCAGGACGGCCUGGGAAGCACUCGGUCUGCGGGCCCUCUUCCCUCACUAGAGAGAGGCCGAAAGAGGAGACUAAGAGAAAGGACGAAUUAAAAACUUGAUGGGUUUUUGGUGGGUAAGGGUGUAAGGGAGAUUUUUCUACAGGAUUUUUACACCUUUAUAUCACCCAAAUAUGGUACUUUUUUUUCCCUCCUGAAAGGCUGUUUUUUUUUUCUCGACUUUUGGCUCGCAUCUUUUCCCUGCAGGCCAUUUGCAACAGAAAUUAUUUAUGUAAAUAUUCAGGAAGGUGAGGACGAGAGAAUUUACAGUGUGAAAUUAGUGUGUUUUGUUACCAAUAGUGUAGAGAGGGAGUCGUUUGUACAGUGUGUUAGUUAUUUCCAUUUGCAUUUGUGUGUUUCACUGCCCAGUCGUGAUUGUCCUCGGUCCUAUAGCCCCAGUGUCUGACCCUGACCUAGAACUGACUCCUGGACAGAAUACUGAUCUUCACUGUCAUUGAUGUGCACUUUUAGAAAUGGUAGCCUUACCAGUCUUUUUUUGUACAUAUUUUUCUACGUGGGGGAAAUUUGAAAACCAGGGUUACCUUUUUAUGAGGAGAGGAAGAAUCUUGAUGCCUUGAUCAUUUCUACAGAUUUUGUCUUAUCUAAUGUAAAUGUGGGUGUUUUGGCUCUCGAUGCAAUGAAUUUUGGGAGAAGCUGAAGCCUCUUGUUCAUGUGUAAAUAAAUGUUGGAUGAAAGUGACGGUGAAGAUCCAUUCAGAAACAUUCCAGAACCAUGCAAUCAUGUCUUAAAACCUAAGCAAGAACUAUGACGUUAUAUAUGUACAAUGUUAUAGACAUCCCUAUGGGAGAGAAAUAGAAUCCGUCGCAGCAUACUAAAAUACCUUCAAUGUUCCAGGUUUAGCAGCCAGGUGUUUUGGAGCUAGUAAUCAAACAUAACCAUGAAAUGAAAGGGACCUGAGAGGCCAAGCUGAAGUGCAGCUCUUUCCUUCUCUCUCCAGUGCUCCGUCCCCACGCAUUUAGCAAGAGGAGAGGGCCGUUCACACAGGGAAAGUAUGCGCAGUGCCUCAAUAGUACUUGGUUAGCCAGUCAAAAUGAUUGUUUUUAGCCAUCUUAUUUUUAACUGCAACCUACAUUUAAUUCAAUUAUUAUUGUAAUAUAUGCCAAUAUGUAAUAUAUGCCCUUAUGAUUAAAGCGUGGCAGUGUAAGCUUGGGUUACGUCUUAAACAUAGACCAUCUUAUAUCGACAUGUAUAUGAGAAUGGCUGACAAAUAACCCCUACUUUGAAAAAAAACAGCGUUGUAGCUAUGGCAAUAGUCUUUGCUUUAGUUAGCAUGGUCUUCCUUUAAUUCAUUUUGUCACAUCUCUUGUUUUCCAGUGGUUGUAAACUGAGUAUCAGCUUGGACAGUAAACAAGUGAAAGAGACUGUACUUGGGCACAUGAAGGCAUCAUUGUAACCAAUGUGGCGGUGUGGUUUAUUCAGUGAGCCUGAGGUUUUGUUCUGGGAUCAGAUCAAUAUACUGUAUACUGGUAUUCAUUAUCUCAAAACGGAGCCUAGAUCAGCACUCAGAGACACUUUAAGAAUCCGCAGCCAGAUGACAUUCCAGAAAGGACUUCUACUGGACCUGCAUUAGUGUGUUGUAGGACUGGAGGCAGAGGUGGUCCUUUGUAGAUAUACCGUUUUCAGAUUGCACAGCAUAGGUUAUUCAAUAGGACUAAUCUGUAGAUUUAAUAGGUCCCAUUAAGGGUAAACUGUUUGAACGUCUCAGUGGUCAAACCUCAAACCUUACCACCACUAAACGUUUUGUUUCUGAAAAGGAAAAAUGUAACAAAAUAAUCUAAUAAUCUCCAACAAAACUUUAAAUAAACCUACAUCCAAUUAUAUUAUGAUAAGCUAACAUUGACUAUAUAGAAAAUGCAUGUAUUAAUACAUUCAUACAGUGGUGUUAUAUAUUUGAUGACUAACCUCUCCUUGUAUCUAAGCAAUUCCAUCACUGCAUAAAACUGUGCUUUUACUGUUGGCUAAGUGCUUAUGAUAACUGUUCUAUACUACAUGGUUAAAUGAACCCUUUAUUUUCCUUUGGAAUGGAUGUAAAUGUCAAUGUGCUGCAAUAAAUGAGUUGGGACCUGA